AUGGCACUGAUGGAGAACAGCACAGAGGUGGCAGCCUUCCUCCUGCUGGGCCUGACCGACGACCCCCGCCUGCGGCUGCCCCUCUUUCUCACCUUCCUGCUCAUCUACGCCAUCACUGUGCUUGGGAACCUGGGCAUGGUCCUGCUGAUCCUGCUGGACCCGUGCCUGCACAGCCCCAUGUACUUCUUCCUCUGGAACCUGGCGCUGGUGGACUUCUGCUCCUCUUCCACUGUCACUCCCGUAGUAAUGGCUGGCCUCCUUCUAGGAGACAAGCUCAUUUCCUACAAUGCUUGUGCUGCUCAGAUGUUCCUGUUUGCAGCCCUUGUUACAGUGGAAAAUUAUCUCUUGGCUGUAAUGGCCUAUGACCGCUAUGCAGCAGUGUGCAGACCCCUGCACUACACCACCACCAUGUCCACUAGUGUAUGUGCAGGUCUUGUCAUCAGUUCCUAUGUCUGUGGCUUCCUAAAUGCUACCCUGCACACUGGGGACACAUUCAGUCUCUCCUGCAACUCCAACGUGGUCCACCAUUUUUUCUGUGAUAUUCCAGCAGUCAUGGUUCUUUCUUGCUCAGACAAACAGGUUAGUGAGCUGGUUCUCAUUUAUGUGGUGAGCUUCCACAUCUUUUUUGCCUUCUUUAUCAUCUGGACAUCCUACAUCUUAAUUUUUGUCACCAUCAUUAGGAAGCACUCAGGCACGGGAGCCCAGAAGGCCUUCUCCACCUGUGCCUCCCACUUCACUGCUGUCUCCAUCUUCUAUGGGACGAGCAUCUUCAUGUACCUGCAGCCCAGCUCCAGCCACUCCAUGGACACGGACAAAAUCGCCUCCGUGUUCUACACCAUGGUCAUCCCCAUGCUGAACCCCAUGGUCUACAGCCUGAGGAACAAGGAGGUCAAGAGUGCGCUCUUGAAGGUCAAUCGUGCAUUCAUUUUAUGGAGCAAAAAGAAUCUUUAG